UCUAACUAAUCUCUGAAUACUUUGUAUGGGUUUGUUACUUUGUCUUACUUUGUUUUCUUCAUAUAUAAGUAGCUGUUUGCGAUGCAUAGAUCUCAAAACAUUAUCAACAGUAACCACAACAUAAUAGAAUUCAGUGCGAAACAAUAUCGAAAAAACACAACAUUGGAAAAAUGGCUACUGUUUCAUCUUCUUUACUGCUACCCAAAGCCCGAAAAUGUGUGAGAUCCAUAAGUUUACCUGCAAGAUUCCAUCCUUCAACUUAUAGAAUAGAAGAAGAGCUUAACAAUCUAAAGAGUUGGGAGAUUGAUGCAACAAGUUCUCGACAUCUAAACGCAGAGUCAAUUGAAAGUGGAUUAUCUGGCCUUAAAAAUUUAUACGAAUGUGUCGAAGAUGUUCUUCAGUUACCUUUUACUCAGAAACACGCUCGAAAGCACACUUGUGACCAGGAUGAUAAAUUGGUUGAUGAAGUAUUAGAUGGGUCAGUGAAAUUGUUAGAUGUUUGCGAUACGUCGAGGAAUAUAUUGAUUCAAAUGAAAGAGAACUCCCGUGAACUUCAAUAUGGUCUUCGACGGAGAGGUGGAGAUCAGUCGACCGCGGAAAGCAGUGUUGACGCUUAUGUUUCUUCUAAAAAGAAGUUGAAGAAAGAUAUGGUGAAGUGUAUUGGAGUAUUGAAGAGAAUGGAAUCGAAGUUUACUUCUUAUAUUCCACUUUCCUUGGAUCACCAAAAUAACCAUUUAGUAGUCGUGGUUCGAGUAUUAAGAGAAGUAAGCAGUAUUACAAUCUUAAUCUUCAAGUCCCUGUUAUCGUUCUUGACGCCGUCUUCGGUGAAUCCUAUAAGUAAAUGGGCAUUAGUUUCGAAAUUACUUCAACAAAAGGGAACGUUAAUGGUUAGCAGCAAUAAAGAAGAACAAGAUGACAUGAUUGAUAAUGAAGUUGAGAGUGUUGAUGUUGCACUCCACAAUCUAUCUGUCAGGAAAAACAAUAUUAGUACUAAAAACCUGGAAGUGUUGCAGAAAAGAUUAAAUGUUUUGGAAGGAAAAAUGGAAAGUCUUGAGAAUGGGCUUGAGUGUAUGUUCAAGUGCUUAAUCAAGACUAGAGUUUCACUUCUGAAUAAUCUGUCUGCUUCUCACUCUAGGGAUCUCAAUAUCAGAUGAAGCAGCUUUUUUCAUCGUUGGCAAUAUCGCGUCUCCGAAUUUUAAUAGGAUGAUUUGCUAAAGAAAUUUUACUUUGAAUUUUAAGUUUUGAAUGUUUGUACAAGUAUAUGGUCAAGAUAUUGUAUAGAAACAGAGUAUAAUACAAAUUCGGCUUUCACUUUAA